ACAGCCUCAUUUAACAUGUUUAAGACUGCAGUCCACCCUCUUGCAUCAGAAGAGACAAAGCCGAAACCAAAGUUAUUUGUGCCAAGCCACGCUCCCAAAAUUCCUGAUGGUGACAAAGUUGACUUUGAUGACAUUCAGAGAAAACGUAUGGAAAAGGAUCUGUUGGAACUGCAAACUCUCAUCGAAGCCCAUUUUGAGAGGAGGAAAAAGGAAGAAGAAGAACUCGUUGCUUUAAAAGAGAGAAUUGAGAAGCGCAGGGCUGAAAGAUCUGAGCAACAAAGAAUCCGAGCUGAAAAGGAGAAGGAGCGGUUGAACCGAGCGGCUGAGGAAAAAGCGAGAAAAGAAGAGGAAGAACUUCGGAAAAAAGCAGAAGAGGAUAUGAAGAAGAAGAAGGUUCUGUCGAAUAUGGCACAUUAUGGAGGCUACCUGCAGAAGACUGAAAUACGUCGAAGUGGCAGGAAGCAAACAGAGAGAGAAAAGAAAAAGAAGAUUCUGGCAGACAGACGCAAACCACUAAAUACAGAGCACCUCAGUGAAGACAAACUCAAAGAGAAGGCACAGGAACUAGCAGACUGGCUGAUGCAACUGGAGGGCGAGAAGUUUGAUCUGUCUGAAAAACUGAAGAGGCAAAAAUAUGAAAUCAACCUGUUGCAAAUUCGCGUCCAUGAACAGAUGGGAAAAUUCAGUACAAAAGGAGCUCGUGGGAAGGGCAAGGUGGGUGGCCGUUGGAAGUAAUAAUGGAAUGGGCUCAUCGAAGGAAGCAAACGCCACUGACUAACCAGAAACUUGAUUUCAAGAAGAAGGAUAAUUGACAGUGAAAUUGUUCAAAAAGGCAUGAUCAAAACAAUGAUAAGUUUGUUUUAAUGUGAAGAUUUAAAUUAAUAAUUCAUUUCCAUUAAUGAUAUAAAUAUUUCAUAAUUUAGAAAUUAGAUGGAGACUCUUUUUUCUGAAAAAUAUAUGCACGCAUUUGAAUUUAUUUGCACCAUGUCGACAGAAUGUAAUUCUAUGUUUGUAACUCGGCCCAAAUAUUAUUUUCAAACUUCUCCUCUACCCUUUGAAAUGUGCACAUUAAAAUAUUAAAACAA